CUUUGCGAAAGACAGCCAUCAUUACAUCAACGUGAAAUGUGCCCUAUCGUACUCCGAUUUCCUGUAAAACCACAUGUGUAGUAUUUGGUGUAAUAUUUAUAUCGGGAACAGUACAGUAGGGCAUAAAUCUCUUUUGCCACUCCACUUUACAAACGCGCGAGUUGUUCUUGAACGCAACAUCAAGUUAAAGCUAGCUUAAAAAAUUCUUCAUUUACAAAUUGUGAAUCUACGUACGAGAGUUAACUUAUUAAUGCGUGUAUUUAAAUUAAGGAUACUCGAGUGGUACACAAUAACAAGAUGCCGGACGACGACACCCUAUUCAUGAAUAUAUUCCAAGGGAAACGCGUUAAACUUACCCUCAAGACGUCGUCUUACCUCGGCGUUGUGCAUCGUAUUAACUCCAACAAAACUUUGAUCCUCACAAACGUCAUACGUGGCUGUAGUGGAUGUGAAAUAACCGGAUCGAGAUUAUUCUAUGGUCACGAGAUUCUGAAUGUGGAGUUUACCAAUGAAGAGAACAUAGAGUAUGGAACUAUUACUGAAUGCCUUGAAGACCAGUUGAAGGUGGAAAACUUCCAGCCAUACAGAAAGACUCUUUACCCCACUGAUGACGAAGGUGAACAAUACAUACACUUUGAAGUCAUUGAUGGGUUUCAUGAGAAAUUUGGACCUGCUGUGAUGACUAUCAAGAAGCAGCAUGUGGUUGGUGUUGGGGCUGAUGGGGUGGAGAUGUACAAGAAUGGCCGACUGUGUUGGCUUCAGAUCGCUACAAAAAACAAGGUUUAUCUCUUUGACAUCCUAUCACUUGGAGCGAGGGCCUUUAAAAACGGUCUCACCAUGAUUCUUGAGAACAAGUGCAUACUGAAGGUCAUCCAUGACUGUAGAGCUAUUGGCGGAUGUCUGAUGGCACAAUUCGGAGUAAAGCUGACUAAUGUCUUUGACACUCAGGUACAAGAGGUACAACUAAUGGAAAUGUGUACAUCCUUAUGGUAUUGGUCCUUGAACCAACCUUUAUUUCUCUCUUACCUUUUUUUGGCCAAGGUGGCAGAUGUUUUGUGCUUCCACUCUGAGACAGGAGGAUUCCUUCCUGACAGAGUGAGCACUCUUCAGGAGGUGGUGAGUCUCCACCUGAAGGUGCCCUCCUCCCAGCUCUUGACUCUGAAGACCAAGUCCCAGCUCACCAAGGAGGAGACUGAGAUGUGGUACAAGCGUCCAUGUCCCUUACCCCUGCUGAAGGUGAUGGCGCUGUCAGUGAUCCACUUGCAACCUGUCAGACUGAUGCUGCUGGAUUCUCUCCUGACCGACUACAUGGCCCUAGUGGACGCCUACCUCUCGAACAGCCAGUACCCGCUUGAUUAUUUGGAGAGCAUCAAUCUGGAGAGUGUUAUUGAGUUACCCUCUGAGUUCCGGCUGCUGGAGCAGAUGCGUCGUGAGCGUCAGGAGCGUGCCACCAAACUUUACCCCAUCACAGAGAAAGGUCUGCUGUCUCGCGCCAGUCCUGGAGCGGCGUCCCCACCCCAGACCUCACCUCUGGCAGAGGGACACAAAUGCACACAGUCAAUCAUGGAACCAUCACCGCCAGCACCAACAGAACCAGAUCAGAACCAGCUCCCCCUAACUGUGAAUGUGGCCCCUCCGGAUCCAGUCCCAAACACCUUGUCAGAGUCGGUGAGUGAAAUGACUUUCAGCGGUGUAGGCAGAGGGUGCGCAGCCCUAAUGAUGGGAGUGAUUGGUCGGGGGAGGCAUUUUGUGACCAGCCUCCCCCCUCCCCACUUUCAGCAGAGAACCCUUGAUUCAGAUACUACUAGCACAGAUCCCAAGAGGGAGAAGUGGGAGCACGGUAGUCUCUGGGAAUGAUGCAGCUCCUUUCCUGCUCAGAUAUCAAGAAACCAUACUUCAUGAGGCUCAAACCAAACGGAGCUUCCCAGUCAGGAUGUCACAUGGAUGUUUGUUGAGCCAUAGUUUGACCACUAGAUGGCAGUAAACGUGUUUUGUUCAACAUCUGUAAAGCAUCGCUUUUUUGCGGCGUGUGCUUUUGUAUUUGUUAAUUAGCAUGAUGCCAGUUUUGAGUUCUGUAUUAAAGUUAAAAUGCAAUUUUUAGAUGUGUGGGAAGAGAGAUUAUUACGACACAAAUAUACUACACAUGACUACCCACAACAUUAUAACCACUUGGCUCAAUGUAAUUAGAUCCAUUACAAGAGCUGUUGGAAAUAUUUUUCCUCUACAGUGAUGAUGCUUGUAGGUAUUUGUAUAUCAGUGUUUAUUACUGUGGUAUAUUGAUGUGUUGUAUCAUAAUGAGAACUCCAGAAUAUUUUUGAAAUCCUUUGAAUAUUGAAAAUAAAAUAUUAGACAGCU